AUGUCCACGGAUAUCUUCAAAGUCACGGAACAUACUGCGCCGGCAGGCCAUAUCCGGGAAUAUGCUGGAAGCACUGCUAGAAGUCAGGAAGAGGUCUUGUCAUUGCAUGUCAAGCAAUACACGCCGCUGGAACAAAACCAUAGCAUCCCUUCCGAUGCCAUCACUGUGAUCGCGGCUCAUGCUUGUGGGUACCCCAAGGAACUCUAUGAGCCCCUGUGGGAUGAAAUCUAUCGCCGUUUAAAACAAAAUGGUGUUCAUAUCCGAAGCGUAUGGAUAGCGGAUGCCCCAAACAUGGGCAUGAGUGGUGUCCUGAAUGAAGACAAGAUCAGCCUUGACUAUUCUGCCCGAGAUUUACUUCUGAUGAUCAAUCACUUCCGUGACCAGAUGCCACGGCCUCUUGUUGGAAUCGGUCAUAGUUUUGGUGGGAAUAUCCUUGCCAACCUUGCACUCAUGCACCCGCGCCUAUUUACGACCCUUGUCUUUCUCGAUCCCUCCAUCUUUCCAAGAGCGGUCGGUCGGGGUGUCGGGAUUGACCCACCCGGCGCAGUUAAUUAUGCUCUUUGGCGACCCGACAUUUGGCCAAACAGAAAAGCUGCAGCAUCGGCUCAUGCAAAGGCAUGGCGGCACUGGGACCCUCGCUGCUUCGACUUGAUGGUCAAGUUCGGUUUCCGUGACCUCCCCACCGCACUGUAUCCCACGGUCCCAAAGGGCGCGAAUCGUUCCGAGCCGCCGGUGACUCUCACCACAACCAAGUAUCAGGAAGUUGCAGGCCUAUACCGUUCUAAUUUCUCAGCUCGCACGUCUGGCGGGAACCCUCAGGUUGAUCGCUCUGCUCAUCCGGAUAUGGAUCCUAUCCACGCCGACAGAAUUGUCUAUCGCCCUGAGUCUCGCAACACAUUCUCAAAGAUUCACAGCUUGAGGCCCCCUGUGCUAUGGAUCCUGGGAGAGAAGACAUUUCUUGGCAUUGACAACCUUCGCGACGCCGUCAGGAUGUGCGGUGUCGGGGUCGGGGGGAGUGGUGGCAUCUCCCAUGGUCAGGUCAAGGAAGUUAUCCUACCCGAACGCGGCCAUCUUUUCCCAUUUGAGGAUGUGGAUCAGACAGCCACUUAUUGUGCAGCCUGGCUGGUUCAGGAGAUGGAAAAGUAUAGGGAGUCGGAGCUUGUGUGGAACAAGAAACGAUCGUCAAUGACCCAGCGUGAUCAUCUUGUGUAUGGUGAAGAUUGGUUUGAGGUUAUUCAGAUGCCAAAGGUACUCCAGCGAAAGGCCAAGCUAUAG